AUGGAUGCCACACCAGAUUUGAGUAACUUCACUCGUCCUGUUGGAUUCUACAUCCGAGGCUUCUAUGCUUUACAAAUAACUGAAUAUUAUUUCACAUUGUUAGCUGUUGUUUAUGUGAUUACACUGCUUGCAAACUUCUUGAUAAUGUUAAUCAUAUGGUAUGCAGAAUCCCUCCACACUCCGAAGUACCUAGCCAUUUUCAGUUUGGCAGUCGUAGACGUGAGUUACAGCACAGCUCUUAUUCCCAAAGCAAUACACACAUUUCUUUUCAAUUCGAGAUUCGUGUACUUCAAUGCCUGUCUAACGCAGAUGUUCUUUGUUCAUUACUUUUCUUCGAUGGAAUCGUUUGGUCUUUGUGUGCUGGCGUACGAUAGGUUAAUCGCUAUUUGCUUCCCAUUACGGAGCCAUGCUCUGAAUUCCAAUGCUAAAAUGAUGUUGAUCAUCAUAAUUUCUUGGACAAUACCGUUGAUUGUCGUUCUAAUCAUGGUCGCGUUGAUUCCUCCUCUGCCAUACUGCAAAACAACUAUUGUCAACAGUUAUUUUUGUGACCACGGGCCAGUGUUUAAAAUAGCUUGCGGGGAUUAUUCUCCCAAUUGGUUUAUGGCUUGCUUUUACACGGUGGCCUUAUACUUCGCUCCGUUUACUUUUAUUGUCGUUACAUACAUGUUUAUUAUCAAUGCUCUUUUGAAAAUAGCAUCCACAGAAAUACGUGGACAGUAUGAGGUGAAAUGUUUAUUGAGACUUGAAUACAAUAUGAGGUAA